AUGUCCAUAUUUUGUCCCUUCAUGAUCUUUGCGCCCACCGCGAUCCUAGGAUACGGUUACAAUGUGGUCGAGUUUUGGCACACGAUAAUUGAAGACGCCCCCGAGACAAUCAUCGCGGAUGGCGGGUCGACCGAUCCUGGGCCUUACAUGCUUGGAACUGGGAAGACUCUCUGCACAAACGCAUCGACCACGAGGGAAAUCACGCCAUUUCUGGAAGCAUGCGCAAAUUAUAAAACAAAGGUGCUGAUCUCCUCUGCAGGGGCUGCUGGCAGCAACGAACAAGUGGAUCAACUGCUCGGCAUCAUUGCGGGCAUCGCUGAGCUCAACUCAUGA